GAACUUGAACGCAGCACUUUUCGGUUUCUCUAUGGUCUGCCAGUAGCGGUUCAGUGACUGCAGUCGAAAUAGGAGUAAAAUGCCCGUUGACUUGAGCCAGUGGUCUGGGCCUCUCGCCCUGCAGGAGGUUGAAGAAAAGCCUGCGAAACCUCUGACAAUUAAGUAUGGCUCUCUGGAAAUCGACGAACUCGGCAAGGUGUUCACGCCAACACAGGUGCAAAAUCGACCCACCUGCGUGGAGUGGGAUGGAUGUGACUCAAGUAAACUGUAUACUUUGGUCCUAACUGACCCUGACGCUCCCAGCAGGAAAGACCCCAAAUUCAGGGAGUGGCACCACUUUCUGGUGGUCAACAUGAAGGGGAACGAUGUGUCCUCAGGCUGCAUCAUGUCAGACUAUGUGGGCUCCGGUCCCCCUAAGGGAACAGGUCUCCACAGGUAUGUGUGGCUGGUAUAUGAGCAGCCAGGCAGCCUGUCCUGCUCUGAAUCUGUCCUCACUAACCGCUCCGGGAAUGGACGCGGCAAGUUCAAGAUCCAGACCUUCAGGCAGAAGUACAACCUGGGAGCCCCUGUGGCAGGAACCUGCUACCAGGCUGAAUGGGAUGAUUAUGUUCCUAAACUAUAUGAGCAGCUGGCUGGAAAAUAAAAACUCAACUCCAAAGGGUUUGACAUUAGGUGUUUCCACUAAGGCUGCUGGUCUGCAAGAAAUUUCCCAUUUUUGCAAGAAGCAGAAAAACCCUGAACAGGAACAAAGCACUUUUUUGUGCCACAGAAAUGAGUUUCUCACCAUUGUCACUUGUGCUCUCAAUAAAUCAGUGAAAACA